AAGAACAUCCUGAAAGCGUCUGAGAGAGUUACGAAACACCGCAACCACUUUCAGACGGUCUCUGAAGUCGGCAGAAGCAGCGGUACGAAGAAAACUACUAGAAACAUGACCAGAUUUCUGCAUGUCAUCAUCUGUUUCCUCACAGGCGGAGCACUGGCAGAUGUGAUCAGUCUGGAGGCUCGUGUUGGAGGAGAUGUUCAGAUCAGGUGUUCUCACGGCUUUGCCCACAAAAACGUGAAGUACUUCUGCAACAAGACGUGUUUAAAUCGGGACGUUCUCAUUAAAAGUGAUCGAAUGCGUAAUCCAAACAGGAAGGGGAGGUAUACGUUAUUGGAUGAAGGUUCAGGAGUCUUCACCGUGACCAUCUCUGGUUUGAAAAAGUCAGACUCUGGGACUUACUGGUGUGGAGUUCAAAGAAUGGUUAAAGACACGUAUCUCCAGGUGAUUCUAACAGUACUGGAAGCUCCAGCAACCACGUCAUAUACCCAGUACCCAACAGCCAGUCACCCAGGAAACAGCCAAUCUGAUGCAUCAGUAAAAAGUACUGAAUCACGGACAGAGUCAGAAACAUCUUCCACCAUCACGGGGGACUUCUUCACAACCACAGAUACAACAAACCCUGAAACACCUGAAAACAGACAGCUUGUUUACAUCGGCUCUGGUCUGGCCUGUUUGGUGCUGAUUUCUGCCAUCUGUCUUUUAAUUCUGAUAAAACAAACUAAAAAACGCAAAUCUGAAAAACACAAAGCUGGGAAGGCUCAGAUCGACUGUAAUAAUAAACACAGCAAACCAGAGAAGGACCUUCAAAUCCCCAUGAAAACCAAUCAGCAGAAAACCCCUGAAUCCUUCUCAGCCAAUCAGAGCACACCUCCCAUUAAGAACCCUCACCCAGACCCCAGUUCUUCUAUAUACUCCAACAUUACUCCACACUCUGAAGUGAACUUCGCCCGUCAGUCUGAGGACAUCCAUUACUCCAGCGUUAUCUUCAUCAGAGAGAGCGACGCCCACAAUUCCCACCUCGACUCGUCUCCAGGAGAAACAGCAGGACCUUCAGUCUCGCUCUACUCUACUGUGAUUCCUGCAGACAGUUCACUCUCCGCUAAAAACACUACUGCAGUUAUAUAUUCCACUAUAGGGAAAGAAAGCUAGAGCUAAAAGCUAAUCCAGCUGACCCACUGUCACACCUUGCUUACAGGUGAGGGUGGUUGUGCCGCAAAAAGGUAGUGGGGUUGUUGAAAAAUAACAAAAAUUAUGGCAAACCACAGUAGCACAUCUAGUGCAAGUGAUUUUAUUAGGUGAAAGGUGCAACAAAAAAUAAGGUAGUCAACAAAGCAAAAGAAAAAGAAAAAGAAAAAAAAGAGGGGUCCCCUUUAGGACGUAGAGCCCUCUCACAACAGCGCAAAUCGUUCCGGGACAAACCAAGAAACCGGUAAAAGUUGGAUCCAUAUGUGAUUUCUCAAGAAAUGUGCAGUUAUAUUGCAGCGGCUAAUUUUUUAAGAGUUUUUGAGCAUUCCCGUAAUGUCAAAUACACAUUGAAUCCUAGGUUGUGCUAUAGAGCCAAUGAAAUACGUAUAUAUGAAAUUUAAAUUUAAGAUCAAAGAACAGCGUAAGUAAAUAAGGCCUGUAAAAUUUUGUAAGUUUUUAUCCAUUGUAACCUCCUCAAACACCUACCAACACCAAAACAUAUUCACUUCCUGUUUUAAUGGGGUAUCUCAAGCAAUUCAACUGUCCGCCAUUUCGUCCUCGU